AUGGCACUCGGCGAUCCGGCUAAGCCUGUGCAUGUGCUGUUCGUCGGAGCAGGCGCCGUGGGUUGCUUCUACGCAUCGCGGCUUCACCAUCCGUCUCACAACAUCUACACGUCCUUGACAGCACGGUCUAAUUAUUCCGUCAUUGCCACCUCAGGGGUCACUCUGCAGACUCACACAUUCGGCAACUACACCUUUCACCCCCAUGCUGUCUUCCCCUCCGUCAGCGCCGCCACGCUCAGUUCUGCGGCCGGCUCCUCUGAAACCCAGGCACCAAAGGACGGCUGGGACUACAUCGUCGUAACGACCAAAGCGCUCCCCGACCGCAGCGACGAAUCCUCUCUCAUCGCCCCCCUCGUCUCCCCGAAAACCUGCAUAGUCCUAAUCCAAAACGGCGUCGGCGUCGAAGGCCCCUACCGCCAACGCUUCCCGCACCAUCCCAUCGUGAGCGCCGUCACCAUCGUCAGCGCUGAGCAAACCCAACCCGGCACCAUCCGGCAGAACCGCUGGACGCGCAUGAGUCUCGGCCCGUACGGCACAGGACUCACCGGGAAUGGCUCCAAUCCGACCAAGGAAGUUGAAGAAGUGCUGAGGCGAGGAGAUGAGUGUAUGAAGGCCCUGACGCACUGGUGGACCACCCACGGCGGCAUCCGCGACGUCGAGCCGCACACAGAAAUCGAACUCCAGACGAUCCGGUGGCAUAAGCUGUGCAUCAACGCGGCCUUCAACCCGUCCUCCGUCAUGUCUGGCGGGCGAGGCAACGCAGACCAGCUGUCUGACCCGGAACUACGAGAGCACAUCCUGGGCAUCAUGCACGAGAUCUGGGACGCGGCGCCCAAGGUACUGGGCGCGCCGCUGCCGGAGGGGUUGGCAACGCCCGAGAAGAUUGUCAAGAGUACGGAGAGAAACACAGGGGCGAAGCCGAGUAUGUUGCUUGAUUGGGAAGCGGGGAGGCCUAUGGAGUUGGAGGUAAUCCUGGGGAAUCCGGUGAGGAUUGCUAGGAGGCUGGGGGUAGAGAUGCCGCGGUUGCAGAGCUUGUAUGCGCUCUUGAGGAGUAUGCAGAGGGUGAGAGAGGAGAGAGGGGAGAAGGGGAAGCUGUGA